GAUUCGGAUCUCCGCUGGGGGCGGGGAAGAGGAGUCGCAGGGUGAGGGCGGCAAGAUCCAGCGGGCCGCGGAUGUCCGCACCAUCGAAGUGCUGCUGACCAACCUCUCCCACAGCUUGUUGCAGCGCAUUGGGCGGAGGGUUUUCCUCAAGUGGCUGGCGCAGCUGCCCAUCUUUAAGGACUGUACCGAGCCCUUCCUCCUGCAGCUGGCCACCAUCUGCCGGCCCUUGACCGUCCCCGCGGGCUCCUUCGUUUGCCGCGCGGGCGAGCCCACCAGCUUUUUCUGCAUCCUCCGCAGCGGCUCGGUGCAGCUCAGGGAUUCCAACAGCGAGGAGGUGGAUCGCGUGGACGAGCGGGGCACGGCGCUCUGCGACAUGUCCUGCCUCUUUGGGCUGCGGCACGAGGUGAGUAUUGUGAGUGAAGAGGAGAGCUCCUUCAUCAAGGUGCCCAUGGAACAGCUGAACACGGCCUUGAUGCUCUACCCAAAGGACCAAGAGGUGAUCCACAACAACAUCUUCAAGCUCACGCCGAAGCCCUUGGUGGGUGAGGAUGACCACGAGGCCAUUUCGAUGGGCCGUGGAAGUCCUCCUUCCCGAAUCACCCACCGCUUCGAGCGUUCCGCGCAGGAACAUGAGCAGAUGGGCGCGGGCUCCUCGCUGUCUGAGUUUCCGGGGGGGCUGGGCCUGCGGGCCGUCGGAACACGUCGCUCCGUGGGCCUCGACGUCGUUUCACGAGGUAUCAUGAUGAACGACGACGAUGAUGACAUGGCCAGGUCCCAGGCGAGCUGGGAUGCUCACCGGUGCUUUGAUUUGGAUGGACCGGUGGACCGGUUGCGGCCCCAAAAGCUUCGCCUUUGUUGA